AUGGCGACCCUGGCGAAGAAGUGGAGGUCAUGUACUUGUGCGGUCAGACUUGUCUCUCGUACUUCAGCGCCAAGACUGGCGGCUGUCCGAGCGAUACGUCUGCCUGCUUCUCCCAAGUCAGUUUGUCACUUGCAUUUAAAGUCUGCUCAAUUGCCUGCCAUUUGUCAGCACAUACAGACGUACAGCACUGCCACAGUUAAUGUUGCAUCAAUUGAGGACAGGGUGGUGAAAAUCUGCAAAGCUUAUGAUAAGAUCAAUGCUGACAAGUUAACCUUGGACUCCCAUUUUAUGAAUGACCUUGGACUUGACAGUCUUGAUCAUGUUGAGAUCAUCAUGGGCAUUGAAGAUGAGUUUGGCUUUGAGAUUCCUGAUGCAGACUCCGAGAAGCUGUUACGACCACGGGACAUAGUGCAGUACAUUGCAAACAAGCAGGAGGAGGAUUGA